GUCUGAUUCACGGUGAAGGGGCGAGAUGCUUUGCCUCUUCCUCACACUUUUUCCGUCCUGGUCGUCCCUCCUAGUACAAGCAAUGAAGACAUGUGUUACAGCCGAUGACUGUGUGGCUCUUUAUCGUAACAGUGAUGAAAACUCUUGGACUUGUCGCAACUCAGUGUGUGUGUGUUACCCAGACCCCUGUGGCAGAAUUCUGAUGGCUGGAACCAUCGUAAUGAAGCCAUGUUAUAGCGAUGAAGAUUGUGAGAUCAACGAGUUUUGCAGUACAAGAAACAAUGCUUGUACCUGUAAAAGUGGUUACGAGUAUGACCACAACAGACAAUGUCUGAAUUUAGAGGACCACCAUUCUUUUUUUUGGUUCCAAGUUUGA